GUAAAAACAAGGAUAAAAAUUUUCUUGAGCAAACACAAACGCAUGCCUAACACUUGUAAAAGUAGCGACCAGUGGUCAUUGCGUCAGGGGUUUGGUUGAAUGUGUAUACACCAAUACAAAUAGAAUCCAUUGACCGUAGAGCCAGUACGAAUACAAACAUCUAUCUUUGCAAAUAUGUACCCAAGUAUUAUUGGUAUAUUACAACAAGCCAGAACCAUGCCGAUUCAGUUUCCCCAACGCAGUUGUGGCAAAAUGAUCAGAUAUUCACAGCAACGAUUUUUAUUAUUUUAAUGUUGAAGAAGCAAAAAAAAUUAUAAGGAAGUUAUUCAAUUAAAUCCUACCUAAAAUAAUUAAUCUUUGUUUAACAACGAUGUUAAACUGUACCGUGAAAUGGGGAUACAAUAGUUGAUAAAUAAAAAUAGUUAUUUUCAAAAUUGCUUUUUUUAUCUUAACUAGUUAUUUAUUUUGGUGAGAUUAGUGCGAACAUAAUUUCGAUACCAAUUUGUCAAGAAAUAAUUAUUCAAAAAAAAAAGGUAGCAUGGAUAAAGAGGACAGAGCACUGAGGCAGCUACACGUCAACAGACCUCUUUACGAACAAGAUGCACUGAACAGAGCAUACCAUUAUGAGAAGCCAAAGUCUUCCUUUAUUAGCGAUACGAAAGAGGUUCUUACACCAGACAGCUGUGGAUCGUUCAUUACCUCUAUGGUACCAGCGCUGAGCUGGCUGAGAACUUACAAAUGGAGAAAAAAUGGAACCUAUGAUUUAAUAUCCGGACUUACAGUUGCUAUCAUGCAUAUACCUCAGGGAUUAGCCUACGCUCUACUUGGAAAUGUACCACCGGUCGUAGGCAUAUACAUGGCUUUCUUCCCAGUAUUAGUAUACUUUUUUUUAGGAACAUCCAAGCACGUUUCCAUGGGUACAUUUGCAAUCGUCUGCCUCAUGACAGGUAAGGCGGUGCAAACUCAUGCAACCUUACCAGAUGCAUUAGGAAAAUUCAAUGAAACAAAUGGCACAACGAUAACAGGUUUAUCAUCCGAGCAUUAUACUCCUAUAGAGAUUGCCACGGCUAUCACUUUCAUGGUGGGAUUAAUUCAGUUAGCAAUGUACUUAUUCAGACUUGGUAUAAUCAGCACUCUUCUUAGCGAAACAUUAGUUAAUGGUUUCACGACUGGUGCUGCUGUACACGUACUCAUGUCUCAAAUACAAGAUCUCCUUGGCUUGCGCCUACACAAGGGCAAGUCAAUCUUUAAGUUAGCAGCUACUUGUAUCGCCAUUUUUGAGGAACUACCAAAUAUAAAUGUGACCGCAGCUAUAGUCUCAACAAUUGCGAUUAUAAUUAUGGUUUUCAAUAACGAAAUCCUCAAGCCAUAUUUUGCCAAAAAAUGCAGCAUACCAAUACCCAUUGAAUUAAUAGCUGUUGUCACCGGCACAUUGGUUUCAGAGUAUGGAAAUUUACCAGGACUAUAUGGUAUUGCAACCGUUGGUAAUAUUCCUACAGGAUUGCCAGAUGCAAAACUUCCCAGGUUUUCGUUACUGCCUUCCAUUGCACUGGACAGCAUCGCAAUUACCAUGGUGUCUUACACAAUAACAAUGUCAAUGGCUCUGAUAUUUGCGCAAAAAUUAAACUACGAAGUAGAUUCAAAUCAGGAACUUUUCGCUAUGGGAACUAGCAAUAUCGUUGGAUCUUUUUUUUCUUGUAUGCCCGUAACUGCAUCGCUUAGCCGGUCAUUGAUUCAGCAAACAACGGGUGGAAGAAGCCAACUGGCGAGUAUAGUCUCCUGCGGAAUUCUACUUACGAUUCUUUUAUGGAUCGGACCAUUCUUUGAACCGUUGCCAAGAUGCAUACUCGGAGCAAUCAUUGUUGUAGCCUUAAAGGGUAUGCUAUUCCAAGCCAUGGAGUUGAAGAGAUUCUGGAAACUAAGUAAAUUAGACGCGAGUGUAUGGAUUGUUACUUUUUUCACUGUCGUGAUCUUCAAUAUAGACGUUGGUUUGGUAGUUGGAUUGCUCGUUUCGUUGGCAAGUAUCUUCGUGCAAUCAAUUAAGCCGUACACGUGUUUACUAGGUCACAUUCCCAACACCGAUUUGUACUUGGACUUGAACCGAUUCAAAGGCACGACAGAACUUUGUGGAAUAAAAAUAUUCCAUUAUUGCGGCGGUUUAAACUUCGCAAAUUCCGGCCAUUUGAAAUCAGAAUUAUUCAGAUUGGUCGGAAUCAUUCCUCGACAGGUUAUAGAAGAGAGAAAAAAAUUAGCAAAACGAGGAUUAUAUCCCGAUCAACAUGGUAGCGAUGAAAAAGAAGUCUUAAGAUGUAUUAUAAUUGAUCUCAGCGCCCUUAGCUACGUUGAUCCUACAGGUAUAAAUACUUUGAAGUUUUUAGCUUCUGAAUUUGAAAAAAUAGAAGUCCCCAUUUAUCUAGCGGGUUGUUCAGGCCCAGUUUUUGAGCAGAUAGUGAAGUGUGAUUUAUUGGACAAAACAAAUCCAAGGUUCAAAAUAUUUGCAGCUGUACAUGACGCCGUGAGUUUUACACAGCAUGAGCUAUUCAAAUGACAGAUUAAUUUUUUUUUUCUCGUAUAGUUAGGUCAGUUCCGAAGGCAAAUUCCCUAUCGGUGAAGAUGAAUAUUUUUUUAUCACGUAUAGAAAGAUAACAUUAUUUUUUUAUAUGUAUGUAGUCCAGCCCUCUACUUAGAAAUCAUGAGUAUUUUUAGUCGAAGCAGAACUUAGCGUCAAAAUUUUGAGACACUUUCUGCUUAGAAUCUAUAGACAGAAACGCUCAAUGGAAGAAAGAUACUCAAUUUAUCGUAAAAUUCCGGCUUCGACUGUAUUGUUAUAGCCCAUAUUUUAAACGUCAUUGAAACAUGAAAAUAUUUGUCCUUAUUUUUAGAGUUAUCGUGCAUACCUGUAACUAGUACAUACGUAUGUUCACAGAAGUUAGUUUACAUUUCAGUGAUGAAUAUCAUGCAUCUCAUUGUACAUUUAGAUAAAAAUUGAUGCUUUGAAGGAAAUAUAAAAAAAUUUGUUAAUUUUUAGAAA